UUGAGAAAGGAAAAAAGAAUAGAGAAAUGGCUUUGAGAGUCAAUUGUUCAGCGUCAGUUUUUCUCCUUCCACGAGCUCCCGAUUCAAAUUCCUUUGAUACUUCAAAAGCCGCUCGAUUGUCCUUGAAGGAAGGUGAAGGAUCGUGGAGAAGCCGCUGCGCAUUAGGUUUAGCGAGCUUGAUUCUCGCAAUCGAAUUCGGCAACGCCUUCGUCGCCGGCGAAAUUCAGGCUCUCGAAUCGCCACCGCCGCCGCAACUUGUUGAUUCGAGGCGGAUGAAGAUCUCGAGAUGGAGCGACAAGAGAAAAUGCGCUCCGUGGAGAGCGAAUUCGCUCGAGAACAUCGUGCCGGAGAACCUCCCGAGACCGUCGCAGCGCCGGAAGUGGGAGACAGUUACAUUUACGGUGGAUGUAGAAACUAACGCUCCGGCGAUCCAAGGACAAAAUUGAACAGAAGAUUGAAAUAUAAUGCAGUACAGAUUGGCAUUAUUCAGGGCUCGGGAGGCGUUGUUGUACUUGUAAACUUGUAGUACAUAUGCAGUACAGCAUAGAUAUUAGAAUAGAAAAUUAAAUUUGGGUGAGCUCCUUCCAACCUUAAUUGUUUGUUUCUUCUAGUAAUAUGGGCCAGGCUUGGGCUUACUUGGCCCAAUGAUAUUUGGGCCACUGCUUUGAAGUAGUACUUAGUUUUCCAAAACCAGCCCAGCCCACCUGCAGGGGAAGACCUGAUUGGGCUUUGUUUCCUUAGUCUAACGCGGUUGAGAUUUUUAGGAGUUGGUUUUGGCAUAGUCAUGAUAAAAGAAAUACUAGAAAAA